ACUCUGUUGUGAAAAAAAAAAAAAAAAAAGCAAGAAAGAAAGACAACAAAAGGAGAAGUUUUUGUGCGCAGGGUCGAGCUGAAGCUGCGCGGAUGGAUGGGAGGUUCUCCUGCAGCUUCAGGGACCAGAUGUGAGGCAGAGGAGGGGGUUCAAACUCAUCCAGACAAGCGGCUGCUAAAUGCUUCCUGGUCAAAGACUUGGCUGAAAUUUAAAGCAAAACAAAACAAAAAGCCACUCACUCUGCUAAAGUUCACAGCUCCGACCUGCGACUGAAUCGUCUCGCUUUAGCGCGGAAGAGACAUGAGGGACUGAGAGAGGCCGUCCAGUUUGGGCCGAGGCCCGACUCUGAUUCCAUGGGAGAACGACUGCUUGUUUGUUAGCGCCAGAGAGCUCUCGUGUGAUGAAAGGAAACUCCAAUUUGCUUUUCACUGAGCAGAAGUCCGUACCAAGAGGUCAGCCCAGGAAAACAGGGACUGGGAGGUUUAUGGAUCCGCUGAACUCCGGAGAGUGUGACCAGGCAGCAGUGACACCACUCAGAAACUCAAACAACCCAGUUUUGACCUUCGCCUUGACUGAUUUGCAGAAGACCAAAAGCCUCACAGGAAAGGAGUAAUGAAGUCAAUCAGGUGUGUGUAACACCGCCUUCCCACCUGCUCUGAACCUGCUGGGACGGAGCUGGUGGAACGCACAGGAAGCCAGUCGAACCCCGGGGGUCCUCGCUGCGCAUUCAGGCUUUCCUGAACCGCCUCAGGUGGCAUUUGCUUUGGCGCAAGCGCUGACUGACACAUGAUGCAACCGACGUGGUUUGCCAUGCAUCUUUAAGGAUCUGAUAAUCUGCUGACAGUAGCAGGUUCCAACAGAGCGCAGGCAUCCCAUCCGUCCCACCAGGGUCUCCUCCAAGCCCCGUUCAGGUCUCCUGUCAAUCACACUUGCUCUGCAGAGAAACAGACUCUCCCUGGUAUUAGGUUCCUCCUGUAAAUGCACUGAUUGUGAUGAUAAGUGCUCUGUGUUUGUGGAGGGGCGGCCCAGCGGCAUCCCAUCCUGUGGACACCCAGCCUGUCUGCUGUGCUCAGCUCAGAGACGCUCUCAAGAGAAGGCAGAGUGUGAGCGGACGGGCCCGGGGUCUGCGCGGCUCCACUGCUUUCUCCGCCUGUAAAAGUGUGCCGAGCGUCAGUCCGCUCUGCUCCGCGCUGCUGCCGCGUCUCAGCGCCUGUCUCCCACAGCUGAGAGAUACAAAGAGACCCCGAGACUGAGUGGGACCGCUACAGUCAUGAGGCUUUCCCUUGUAUCGGCUCCACAGCAUUACUCUUGAGGUCUGCUUUGCUUCGGUGCUGGAUCACAGGUUCACGAUGAAAGUGAAGAGAUGAACCUGCAGCGAGCAGCCCUGUCCCUGCAGUUCCUGCCACUGGAGGUUUACUGAUUCAUACUACCCAGAAGACGAUGACCCUGUCUCCCAGAUAGCACCUCUGAGGACCAGGCCUUCACAGCACGCAUUGUGCACCAUGGCUGGAGAGACUCAGCGAAUGCAUGCUGUCAAAGAGCUGGACGCUGAGUCCAAACUGCAGGAUGAGGGGACGGCACUGGAACAGCAGACUGACAAAACCACAAAGGAGUCUUCAGAGCACUUUUCAAGCACCAGCACUGAGGCCAGAGCCAGCAGCAGAGGGGCCAAAGUUGAAAAACUAGAGAAGGAAAGGGACUGUCCUCAGCAGCGUGAGGCUGUCAUACGGCCACAGCAGACAGGGAAGAUUGACUUCAGGUCAUUGCAGAACCGAUCAAAAUUUGCCACUGACAGGACUUGGUCGACGGGCAAAGGCAGCCCCCAGUCCCCGAGUGGAAAGGGCCGCAGCCGAGAAAAGGGGAAGCGGUCAGGAAAGGCAGAGCGUGGCAACCCGCAGCAGCUGUACAGACUUAGCAUCACUAAUCCACGCUCCAACCCGAACAUUGGCAUUGCCUACCCACAGCAGAAGAUUUCGCCACCCAAGAAGUUGGAGACCAGUCGUGGCCCAGUCUCGGGCAGCUACAGAUUCCACGUUCCCAGUAUACCAGAGCGAGAAGCUGAACUACAGCAAGAGGAGCUCAACUACAGCCGCUGCUUCCAGGAGGCCUCCUCUAACCUUACCUCCCCAAGCUAUACCUCACAGGCACUGGUUUCCUCAAGUGGAACGACAUCCCACUCGCAUCCGACCCUGUCGCAGCAGCAGCAGCCUGCCUUGAUGGAGAACAACGGCACGCAGCCCAGUAGCCAGCUAAUCCUGGCCGACUUUCAGCUGAGUGGCUCUAAUACAUGGCAGUCUCCUGAACGGACUUUUAAUGGUGCUAAUUAUGGGGUUUCAUCGCAAAAAUCCACUGCCCUCACAGAAGCUAAUAAGGCGGGUGCCUUUGUGCCUGCUCCAUUUCACUAUGGAUAUCAUUUUCUGGAAGAAUCGACCUCUGACUCUUUUCCCUGUGAACAGAACCCGCAAUCCCAAGACUUUACAGACUCCUCACUCGGUUCUGUUCACGUGACCCACAACUCUUUUUCCUUCACGCCUGGAGAAGGGCAGAACAUUGCUCAGAACAGCACUCAGUUCGGUAAUGAACAGCAGCCGGAGGAUAGAAACUCUUAUCCUCAACCCCCACAGUCACAGUUUAUUCAAGGGGUAGCAACUUCCAUCCAAUGUCCUCGGAAUCUGAGUGAGGACUCAGCGAGCAGUGACAGCUCGGGCUCCAGCUCACAGCAGUCAGAGCAGGGGAAGACUGCCCUGCCUGAGAGCACAGACGUUACUGGACAGGCAGUAGACAGUAGGGAUGCAGCCAUCACCUCGGGGAGUAAGAGGAACUGUCACCCCAAAGACACAGCUGCCAACCAAAGAACACUCAUUCAAGGAAGUGUGCACCAUGCGAGAAAUAUUUCACAAGGUCCAGGCUCCCAAAUGCACUUUCCCGGAAAAACAUAUAACAACCCUCCAGUCAGUAACAUGCACACGGGCUCGAUGCCCUUCGAUAAAAACAUCAAUAAUAAGGUUCUGAAUAGGUUACCACACUCAUGGGAAGGGUCCAAUAAGACAUAUUCACCGGCAGAUCAAAACACGAUUCAGUAUUCUGACAUGAAUGAUAAGUUUCAUUUUCAGAACCAGCCAGCACUUGACCAAAGGCCAGCUUCAGCUAAAAAUAGCAGAAUGCCCUGGCAGCAGAUACGGCCGACCCCCGCCAUGCCGAACCAAAGCAGAAUCGAGUUAUCGAGGCAGAUAAGCAGCCAAAAAAUGACUUACAUGGUUUCCCCCUCUGACUGGCAGGAUGACAGUAAAUCCCAUAAACACGGCUCCCUGAAAAGCCCCGGCUCAUUUCAGAACAGCAGAACUAGCGAUGGCUUCUCAAACCAAAGACAAGAGACUGUAAAACACGGCGGCAAUACAGUGUCAACUUUCAAAGUGGAGAUGAGCCACGCGCAAGUCUGUGAAUCCAAAAACAAGGCGGUGUAUUUUGGACUCAAUCAGUCUCUUCCAGCCGCGCCAACAAGAAACUACAGCUAUCCUCCAUUACAGGUCCCACCUAUGGGACUCAUGAUGGUGUCACCUUAUGAAUCUCCUCUGCCCUCGCCGGUUCACAACCCCGCGUCCAGCAGCACCUGCUCUUCCCUCUCCCCAGCGUCCACCAGUCCUGUUAACAUCAGCUCUGAGGACAGUCAGAUGUCCAAGUCAGCAAACCCCCACCCGUUUUAUCACCAGCCCCAAGCCAAAACACAGUUAGCGCCCGAUCACCUGAGCUCUCACCCUCACCAGUUUCAUUCUGACGCUCCGCGAAACCUUCCCUACGCACCGGACAGAGCCAAAGACGACAUAAUGAGCUACCUGCAAAACGGCACGCACCCAAAGUCCGCCAUGGAUGGAAACAAAGGCUACAUGGACAGUUUCGGGGUGGAGCAUCACCAGCCGCCACCGCCGUACUCUGCACAUCAGCUGCUAGCGACCUCGCUAGCCGCAGCAAAUCUCGACCAGUUAGACGUGCUCCUGACGUGCAAGCAGUGCGAUCAGAACUUCAACAACCUGGCUUCAUUCCUAGGCCAUAAACAAUAUUGUGCCCAGCAUGCGUUUUCACAAAAUGACCUCAAAGAUAUAUCGAAGUUGGAGGAUGGCAGAAAGUUUCACGGGGAACCAGCGAAAGCGGUGACGUCUACGGCGAAUGUCUCGAUGUCAAGGUGUCCGUCUGACCUUCACCUGUCCCUGCUGGGCCUCAAUAAGAACGGAGAACUGAUAUCUGAGAGUGAAACAAAAGGAGACAGCAAGGACGAUCCCAUGAAGCUCAACUUGUUCUCCGGCCCUGGUAACCUCCCCGUCGCUCUCCCUGAGCUGGAAAUGGAGGAUGCCAAAUUAGACAGCCUCAUCACAGAAGCCUUGAACGGCCUGGGAUAUCAGUCAGACAAUGCAGAGAUAGACAGCAGCUUCAUCGACGCAUUCGCUGACGAUGACCUCACCACUGUUAAAGCAACAUCACACAAGCAGUGUCUGAAAACCAAAGAAUCCCUCGUCUUUGAGAGCAAAAAUAAACAAGCAGCCGAUGAUGACAGGUCUUUCACACAGGGAAAGUAUUUUUACGACUCUGAUGUGGAGAGCCCUGAGACAGAUAAACAGUACACAGAAAGCAAGCUCGAGAAAAUAUCUCUGAAUUUGGAACAAGAUGAGAAAAUUAACAUAAAAAAAGAAGUCUCUCAUAAAAAUUCAAGAAACACCCCGAGGGAGAAGACGAGGGAACUAGACGGCAAAGUGAAAGAGGCGAGAAAACUGUGCAAGAGUGAGGACGAAAACACGAGUACACAAAGGUUUCUCUUAUCCAGCAAGUUCUCUGAGCGCUGCGGCGUUAAAAGCUUUCAGGAGAGCGCCGCACUGCGAGGGUCAGCGCCCUCGCAGGCCUCCACAUCGCCGACCUCGAGAAGCGCAGUGAAAGAGAGCAAGAGGAAAAGCACCGGAGGGGGCACCUGGAGCAAAGAGCUGAUUCACAAAAUAGUUCAACAGAAAAAUAAGCUGCAUAAGCUCCACGUUAAAGGCACCAAAAACCUACAGUUUUCCCUAGUGAUGGAGAGAGUGACUCCCACCGUACAGAACCCCGCGUUCGGAGAGUACGACUACGUCUCGGACUCGGAUGACGAAUGCGAGCCUGUAAAGAUAGCGAGCCAGGGCCGGCUGAAUCAAAGCAGCCGGUGUAAAUACACAUACACCAAGGAGUGCAAAUGGCGGGCGAGGAGCGAGAGGGACCAGGCGGCGUGGAGACAUGAGUCGAAGGAGUGUUUCGAGGUGAAAAAAAGCGAGGAGGUCUCUGUCUCGCCUGAGAAACACAGCCCUCACCAGAGACUCAGGAGGAGGGGGAGCAGGUCGUCCACAAGCAGUGAACUCAGCACAUCUGUGAGUGUUUCCAGCGAUAGUAUCAACAGCCCCAAAAGCACUGACCGCACUGACUCUGACUGUGAGAGGAAGACAGACAUCAAAAGGAAAGAGCCUCCGGAGCAGAAAACGUACGAAAGGUCCUCCCCGCAGAAGUUAUGUAAAGAGUCCAGCACACUAGCACUGACAUUCACCAAAUCUGUCAAGAAGUAUAACGCCGACAAAGCCAUUCUCUCCGAUAACAAAGACGGCACAGAGGAUCCAAAGAAGUAUCAUUCACACCCAGACGUCGGUGAGCCGGUGUCAUCCUCACAAAAAGCAAAAGACACAAACAGAAACGGCGAAAAAAGCCGAGGCUCCCACACGAAAUCCAGAGGGAAGCAAGUGUCUCCCAGAAAAGAAACAGGCGCAACAGUGUGUUCAGACAGAAACACCCUACAGAGGACGGACAAGCUGCGCCUCAAAGAAGAACCGACGCGCUGUAGCAGUCCCGAUAACAAGCCACUACAGUCUGAUUCGCACCCUCCCGCCAUCAACAAAGAAACUGAUUUCAAUAUUGACAGAAACACAAAGGGCAAACGAAGAGAGGAGCCCCGAGCCACGCAGGCAGAACUAUCAGACAGCAGCACAUUUGAUAAACUGAGCGACAGUGUCUGCAUGGUGAAGGAGCCCAUUACUUUAGUCAACGACCUAGACACACACAAGCCGGCGUCUCUUUCCACCUCUUUGAUGGAUGAGGUGUGCCUUUCUCCGACUGAAAGCCAAGGCCCGCUGAUACAGAAGGACGCUCUCAACCUCAUGCCCUACCCUCUGGAUCAGGAGCAGGGGCUCAUGAAAUCCCCGCUUUCAUUCGACACGUCGUCGAUGUUCGGGGACCUGGCCGGGUUCGACAGCGGCCUCUACUCAGAUAUGCCAAUUCAGAAAGAGGGUUUCCAUUCGAUAGAGACCGCGGCUGAUAAAAAGGAGGAGUUUGUCUCGUCCUUCUCUCCCUUCCUGGAGCAAAGAGACUGGAAUCUCAUAGUUAGCCCCGUGCUGCCGGAUGAGAUAUCGCAGUACAAAGGCAACUCUGAGAAAUCAAGCGAAAAGAAACCAGAUUACGAUCACGUUCCUUUGUCUCUGCCAGAAAAAAUAAUCGACUACAGUGCAAAUCUCAACAGCUGCGCAUCAGAGGAUGAGCUAGAGAUUAAAAGAAUAGUGAAUGAGCUUGAAAACCAGCUGCAAACAACCAAGAUGGGAAGCCCAUCCUUGCUAGCUCAGGAUGUCCCCAAGCAGCUGCAAAUGAGCAAAUUUUCACCUUUACGUCUGAGUGAUGAUUCAGGGAGUGGAGGCUCCAGUCUGGACAUGAGGUGCCCCGUGCAGACCAUUGAUGUGCGAGUGACCAGUUUGCCCUCGGAGCCUUUCACUGAACCGUGGGCCAGUCCGUUCCAGUUCGAGCUCAUGGGUGGACAUCACAGUCCCCACGCUGCCAUCCACAACGAACCAGGGGCCCUUGAACAUUUCACCGAAAAGGAAGACGACGCACAGAAUUUGAUGUCCGCAGCCUCACGUGUCGAACACCCACAGCUCCCCCUCGAGCAGAAAUCAGAGGAGAGAAACGCUGAAAAUGAGACUCGUGUAGAAACAAAGGAAGACAUCUUGGAACAGAAGAGAUAUACAGAAAACCUAAUGAAAAGCCUGGAGGUGAUUUCAGACUCUAUAUUCAAAAAAGAACCCGUUAUCUCGGAACAGAAAGAGCCGAAUGUCACCUCUCUCACGAGUCAACAACAUCGAGAAAUUGAAUGUCAGGAAACUGAUGCAGUUGAGAGGGAAGAUCACAGAGAAAAGGAAGCAAUUACUGGCAAGGAGAAUAUAUUAUCACCUCGAAAUAUCAAUGAGCGGAAGGACGAUAGUGAAUUCAUUGUGAGGGAGUCACAGUCAUCUCUCGCUAACAGCGCUGACCCCACUGUCGAUGGAAAGCAUCCAAUUUCAUCGCAGCCCAGUGAGCCCGCAGAAAACAAAGGAAGCGAGGAUGAGACUAAAGUCACUUCAGAGGCGGAUAUCGCUGAGAAUAGUGAUUUGAUUGAGUCUGCUCGCCGCUCGAGUGUGACUACACAUGACCCACAUGUGGUCGAGGAGUCCGGCGGGAAAAGCAACGCGGCAGACAAUGUGAACGAGUCAUUUAAAGGCGGCAGAGACGGUCCAGAGCAUUUGACAGGCGGCCAUGAGGAAACAGAGGCAGUGAAGGGAAUCACCGGGCAGUCCGCUCGCCGGCCUUCAUCACCAGCUCGUCCUGCUGGUUCCAGUUUAAUUCAGGAUGUGAUCAAAGCAGCACUCGAAGAACAAUCCACUGACAACCAUCGCAGUCCUGGAGACGUUAAUUCAUCACAUGCUGAGGAGUUGAAAGUGGAGUGCUCAGACAGUGUGAUCGAGGACAUAACUGUCGAAAUAGCAGAACAGGAUCACUUGAUUGGACUGUCUCCCGCUAAAAACUGCAGCCCUGCGAAGACUUACAGCCCAGCGACUGAUAUGUCAGUGGAGAUAGUCACCACAGACAAGCCCUGCAGUCCAAUACUGGUGGAAACCAGCACAGAGAGGACCAAUCACUGCUCGCCUGCCUGCAACACCGAGCCAAGUAACCUGUUGAUCCUUUCGCAGCCCGAUGGCGUCGCUGACGGUGAUUCCUGCAAAGCUGCUUCACUGAAUGACUCCGCCGACCACGAGACGGAUCUCGCCUUCAACAGCAUUCAGAAGCGAGAGGAGAUUUUAAAUGUUCAGGACAUCAAAGAACAUCCUCCUGUGGAUUUCAUGGCAAGUCACCAAAACUCACCAUGCACAGAGGAGGCAGAAGAAAGUCUUUUUCUACGCACGGCCGCACCAGCCGCUCUUCUGCCCACCUCUCAUCAAACACCCAUGCAGAAAUGGGAGGUGGAAGAGGAUUCAUGUCCACCACAAAGCAAAUGUAGUGAUGCAUUUGUUGACUCGAUUCAAAAUAUAAAAUCCCCCAUAAACAAAGAAGAAGAAAGCGACAUCAAAGAGGCUUUAAACAGCGAUGAACCAGCCAUGAUGGAGUAUUCUCUGAUAAGCCCGCCACCCCUGGACUUGGGAAUCAUGGUGUGUAAAAUCCCCAACGCCAUUCCCUCUCCACUGCCGGUGACCGGCUCAGCAGAACCGCAGGAAGAGUCAGGUGGUCUUGAAAAGAGAGAUCCAAUGUAUGAUUUCAAGCUAAGCCCUUUCAACUACAACAGCAUCUCGGAUGGACCUCCGCAACUGAAUCAAUACAACUACAUACCGAUUUCACCAGUCAGCAAGCCUGAAGAGAUCCCCACCAUGAAGCAGAGUCCCAGAGAUGACUGUGGACAGUGUGAUCUGACUGUCAACCCUGCACUGAUUUUUAACAAAACAGACAGAGACACAGAGGCAUCGCUGAAAUCAGAGCCUGCAGCUGAGCUGAACUUAUCAGAUGACCCGCUGGUUCUCCAGCAGGGUCUGAAAUUCACAUGUUUCUCACUGGGCCUCCCACCCGAAAACAAAAGCAAAGACUCCUCAGCUGAUAAUGUAAAGACCAACAUGGAAGUGUGCCAAGAUCUAACUGCACCCGAUGAGCGUUUACAUAUUCAUGCGGACCUGCUGAGAAAGGUUGAAUCAGACAACUUAGCUUCUCUCGAGGCUUCUGCCGAAGACAGUGCGCUCAUCCGGAAAAAGACUUCAGAUGGUCCGCCCACUCCUGCGCCACUCAUCAUCUGUGAAAACGAACAAAUGACUCUUCCAUCAGACCCAUCAGAGAAACAAGCAACAAUAGAGGCUGGCCCCUGUUCAGCGGCGCAACAAGUAAACAAGGAAAUGUCCCCAAAAAAGACACGGAACAACCCUCAGCAGGGGAAAGUGCUCUGCGAAAUCUGCCUGAUGUGUUUCAGGACCGUGCCGGGGUUAAAGAGACAUAAGGCCAUGAAGCAUUUGGUCAGAGCUGAGAAACACAUCGGCCCGCAGAGCUCGACAUCAAGCCAUCAGGGGACUGUGCUUAUUUAUGAAGCAUCGCAAACCGCAGAGAAAGAACAUAAAGAUGAUUCACAGACCUGUUACCCAACAAAAAUAGACGGGCUGCCCGAGACAAGUAGCACUUUCAUAUCUAAAGCAGCAGAGACUGAGUCACUCCUGGAGGAAACGGCAACAGAGACAAGUACAGUGGCAGCGGAUGAAACGGGCCAUCAGAACCCUCUGCUGCCAGCGAAAGCAAAGAAGAACAACAAAGCUAGAAAGAACAAAAACAGCGAGGUAAACAUAAAGCCUGACCCUUUCUCUGAUGAGCAGCUGAAUAUAUUAAAAUCAGACAUACUUCAAGCUAUAACUCCUGAAUUCAAAAGCAGCGGACUGCAAGAGCGGGCCAAAUCUCCAGAGGCCCAGGUGAAAAUCAGUGACAGAACUGGAACAGAGAAAAUCCCCCGCAACGGCUUUGGCGACGCGCCCCGAUCUCCGACAAAAGAGAUAAAUGUGCUUAAUGAAACUGUGGAGCUAAAUCAAACCACUGACAAGGACGAGAUGAAAUGUACAAGCAUGACAGAGAUGGCAAACGGGGAAGUAGGCACAGAUGAUAAUGUGGAGAGUGCUAUAUCUGUACACGAGGAUAUAAUCAGAGAAUGUGACGGAAAGUCUCUGUGUGCCGAGGAAGAGAUGUGUGAACAGAAAGGAUCAGAAGACAGCCUUGCCCAAGAGAUUCUCCGAAAAGUGGCAGUAGAGAUAAAAUGCGAGAAAAACAGUGGCCCUUCAGACGAGGUGCGUCCCCUCUCCUGUUUGAAUUCGUCGCCUCUCAGUCCUGCCGGCUUAAGUCCCGAGCUGAAGGCCCUGCUCGACGAUGACACCACAUUUUCACAGCUGUUCCCCCGAGACGAAGAGGCAAAAAGGAAAAAGUGCCCGAGGGUGUACGGCAAAAGAAACAAAAGACAGAAGCUGUCGCCUGAUUCGAACGUGACUCAGGACUGCCCUCCUUCAGAGAGCUUCAUGCAAAGUCAAGCGGAGCCGGCAUUCACCGACAAUCAGACGAACCGCUGUGAAUAUGAGACAAUAUCUCUCGACGAUGCCAUCAUGUUGAACAUGUGCCACAACAGCGCAUUAAAGGCCGAUGCCAAGCCAGAUGUUCAGCAGAGUGAUCAGCAGGAUGCUCAUGAGAAUAUUAAAGAGCUCGCAAACAGCGAGAGCGACGCAGGAAAAUCCACAAGUCGCCCCGAUGACUUCGCUGGAAGCCAAACAGUGAACUCUGAUCCGGGCGCCUGUAAAGAGGAAGUGCCGCCUGCGCCGUGCUCCCUGCCCUCUGCCCCCUACACCGCUGAGCCAUGCGUCACAGAGAGCGUCCAGACCUUCCACAGCAUCGACAUCCAGAACAUCAACACCACCUUUCAGCUUCCCGACAUUCAGUUCUUCGACUCGAACAAGGAUAUCUCAGUGGCUCCUCCCAUCGCCACCGCUGAGACGGAGAACAGAGAUGAUGACAAGUCAAAGAAAAUAACGGAGCGGCGAGGAAGGAAACGGAAAGACGGUGGAAUAAAGGUCAAAGAUAAGCAGUACAAGUGCAAGGCGUGCUUCACGUGGUUCCUCACGCUGGGCGAACUGAACUUUCACAAACUCUCCCACAACCCUUCCCCGCCUCCGACCUGCUACAUGUGUGUCCAGCGCAAGUUUAGCUCCAGGGAGCAACUGAGAGACCAUCUGAGGGAGAAACAUGCCAAGAACAAGACGGGUAUCUGGACCUGUGGGAUGUGCUUGAAGGAGAUCUCAGAUGUGUGGAUGUACAACGAGCAUUUACGAGAACACGCCACUCAGUUUGCCCGGAGGGGUCAGACUCAGGGCUCCAUGUUAGGCAUCCCCUUCAUGCAGGAGACCGCCGUGAAGAACUUCAUCACCUCCAUCAUGCAGCACCGCCCCAGCAAAACCAACAGGGAGUCCAGCAAAGCCACUAAAGAACAGGACAAAGCUGCUGCUGCUGCAGACAGCGCUGCGGGAGACGGGAAAACCUCCGAGGGGGCUGAGCCGAAAGUUCACAGGACUAAAAGUGGCAGCGGAGCGGGCGGGAAGCAGAGCACAUUAACCCCUCUGGAAGUCCUCCACAAAACUGAGACACCUAAAAGUGUGGAGAUGCAUCCCAACUGCAAAGAUCCCUCGAGAGACUGCCACCACUGCGGGAAACAGUUCCCCAAACCCUUCAAACUCCAGAGACAUCUAGUGGUUCACAACUUGGAGAAGAUUUUCCUGUGUCACAAGUGCCCCGUCUCUUAUCAGGAGGCCCAGGAGCUGAAAGGCCACCUGAAGAGGGAGCACGAGGAGGUGGACGAGCUGGAUUCGAAACACACCACCCUCUACACCUGCGAGCUCUGUGCUGAUGUCAUGCAUGUGAUUAAGAAGUCUUUCAUCUGCAGCACCUGCAACUACACCUUCUCUAAGAAGGAGCAGUUUGAUCGUCACAUGGAGAAGCACCUGUCAGGGGGGAACAAAAUUUUCAAAUUCCGAGGUGUUCUCAGACCUGUCAAAGCGUCGGCGUCCAAAGAAGAUGAAUGUGAUUCGCCUGCGAGUAAGAAGAGGAGAAUUCUCUCUGACAGUCUGCAGGAAAAUAGCUCAGACAGCGGCAUCGCCAGCGUCAGCUCGCUGCACCUAAAUCAAAACUCUGAAGCGCAGUCCUCGAAAGCCUCCGUGUCCACGGCAGACGACUCCACGCAGACCAUCACCAACGAAUAUCACAGUGACACAAACAAUACGAAUGUGAAGACGGAGGACAUCGCUGAGGAUUACUCUGAGCUGCUCGUAGAGCUGGAGAAAUGCAUCCACCUGGGCUCCUCUGAGUCACCCAAGAAAGAGGACAUUGACCAAACCACCUCAACUAUUUUUGAUAAAGAGGGUAAUGGAAAAUCAAUUACUGACCCAUGUGAUGUGAAAGAGGAGAGUGAGUCAGUCUGCAUUAGAGCAGAGGAAACCUCAUGGUCAGUGUGCAAAGAGAGCAGCUGUGCAGGGGAGGAAAUGGGUGAAGGUGAUACAGCUGAGACUGAGGAAAAAACAGAUUCGCUUCCACCCAGCGAGGACUCUUUUGUCAGCUCAAGAGAAAAUCAAGCAGUUUCAAAGACACCUGAGUCAGCAAAGCAUGAAUUAGCUGCUGAUUUGACAGACCAGCAGAGGGAUGAGGAGCAGUGGCAUCACACAUCGAAAGCUUCAAAUAAUGACAGCAAACAGACGACUUUAUCUCACGGCGCUGAGCAGGAAAGUAGCAGUCAGGCGAAAGACAAAGUCGCUUCAGACAAAACGGCUGACAACACUAAAAACAGCACGAAGGCGACAGAAUCCACACCAGUCCUCCACUCCAGAGCUGCCCUCAACGCCUCAACCGCCUCCAACGAGGACAAAGAGUCUGUGAGACCGCAGAAGAAGAGGAAAGACGUCAAAUCGCCCCACAGCCUGCAGAGGGUUUCCUCUCCAGCCACACAAGAGAACUUCGGCGUCGACUCGCGGGCCAAAAAGAAAUUUCGGCCCAGCAAGUGUGCAAACCCGUCUCUGCAGAGGAAGUCAGACGGACCCAACGACUACCCCGUCCUGUCCUCGGUGCGGGACGACGUCGUGAGCAACAAGAUCGUCUCCAAGUGCAAGACUUCAAACACGGGUCUGCAGGCGAAGAGGAGCCUGCUGGACAGCUGCGCACAGAAGAAGGCGGACAUCGUGGCUCCUCUUAACGGGGAGUACAAAGCCAAAAAGGGACCUCUGGGACGUCCUUUGCACCCCCCUAUUUCUAAAGUGUCCUCAGUUUCCAUGAACAAUUCUCUGAAUAAAUCUAGGCCAAAGAUGGGGGUUAGGUCGAUGGAGAGCCAUUCCUACCGGACAGCUGAGUCACAGAACCACCUCCUGAGUCAGCUGUUCGGCCAAAAACUGACAAGCUUUAAGAUUCCUUUAAGGAAGGACACAUCAGAAUCUAUUAACUGAGAUGGAUCUGUGAACACGGGACUGUAAAUUUCACAGUUAUUAAAAAAAUGUUUAAGACAAUUCAUUAUGGUGAAUGAGAUUGCACAGCUCUUUUCUGUGAAACGCUAUCUUUAAAUACUUACGUAGUCACUUUAUGUCUUCUCUGUACAUGUGUUAUUGAUGACACAAAUGUGAGGACGAACAGCAGAUAUGAAUUUUUUUUUCUUUUUUGGGGGGGCCGGGUCAUAAAAUGAUGCUACAAAAAAACCCUUUUUUUCUACUUUUCCUUUUGUAGGAUAUUAUCCGUUUCGGAGAUUAUAUUUCAUUUACCUUAAAGGAGAGAAAAAAAGAAUACUUGAAAAUACAGUCAAAUAUUUUCUUCUAAGAAAUGCAUGUUCGUUUUGCAUUCAUAACAUGAUCUCUAUCAGUUAUUAAGUCUUUUUUUUCUACAAGAGGACCGAGCGACAUCAUAACUGACCUGGACUAUUGUCUGUGCACCUUUUCGUACAUGCUUCCAAAUAUUCAUUUUUGUAUUAUUUUGUAACUUUACUGUACUGCAUUGACAUUCAUCAUAUUAGCCUCUUUUUGUUGUAUAAAUAUUACCUGGUGCUACAUCGUGUUUUUUUUUUUUUUAAUGUAAUGUGAAUGCCAAUGUCCUCGGAAGGGAACAUGAGAUCUGUAGCAGUUACAGUUCAUUCAUCCGACUGUUUUUACUUUUUUUUUUUUUUUAUUAUUAAAGAUACUGUGUAAAAACCAUCCAAGUACAUAUGUAGGCUGAUAGAAGAUUAAGAAAAAAAAAACCUUCCACAUAAAAAAAAAAAAAACAAUAAACUCAGGUGCAUGCAAGGACAUCACAGUCCCAAAGACCUGUAUUCGGAGAUCUUCCAAUGCACUGAUAAUACCACACACAAAUCACAAACUCAAUCAUCUGUGUCUGUAACUCCAACUGUUUAAUUAUGAAUAGUAUUUACUAGGACAACAAAGGUGCUUUAUCUUGUUUAUACUGUAUGUAUCUUAUACUGUAUAAUAUUGUAGGUAGAUUGUUGUUUGGUGUAAUGCUUCAUGUCAAAGUUUUAUUUUAAUAAUGUGCAAAAAAGAAUCAGAGUGAGAAGAAAAGGGAAAUGCAGUGCCUCUUGCAGGUUGUAAAGUGGUUCACUAAGUGCCUCCUUUAUAGUUGGUUAUUAAAGAUCUGUAUUGGUCUCUCCUUG